UUUUGUGUAGCCGCGGGGAGAAGCGUUCAGUCAGCCCCCAAAACAAGAGCAGAGCAGAGCAGCAGUCUGAGCUCUUUACGGUGUUUUACCGACAACUGACUGAAUCUUAUCGAGUUAAAAUGUGUAACGGUUGUGUGCAGAAAGAAUACCCGGACAGGGGUAACACCUGUCUGGAGAACGGAUCCUACCUGAUGAACUACCAGAGCUGUGCCAGCUGCCAUCAGAGAGACUUCGUGCUGAUCAGCAAUAAAACCACCGAGGAGGAGGAUGGAGAGGAGAUAGUCACCUAUGACCAUGUUUGCAAAAAUUGUGACCACGUCAUCGCCAGGCACGAAUACACCUUCUCCGUUGUUGAUGAAUACCAGGAGUACACGAUGCUGUGCAUGCUGUGUGGAAAGGCAGAGGACUCCAUCAGUGUGUUACCAGACGACCCCAGACAGUCUGCUCCUCUCUUCUAGACCUCCAACCUGCAGGUCAUCAUGACUCACCUUUUAGAUCCGGUGUCACCACCACAGACGUGUUGCUGGCUGCUGGCUUCAGGGGUUCCAACCCCUUUUAAUCAUCCAUUCAACAUUUUUAUGCACAUCUUCAAUCAAGUAUAUUUGAAGUCCUCGGCUGUUUAUAAACUACUGUAUGCUGAUAUCAGUUGAGCAGAACAUAUCACUUUUUUUAUAUCAACCAAUAUUCUGUAUGUGAACUGAUGAUAUGAACUGUAAAUAAACAUGUUUUACUAAGACUUUUA